GGACUGAUGGAGUAAGAGAGAGAGAGAGUAGGGGAGACUGUAGGGUCUGUGAGUGAGGAGAAGUGAGUGGUGUACGUACAGUGGUGGUCUGUAGGGGCUGAAGAGAAGGGAAGAAGGCAUUGGCAAGUGGAAAAGGGGAGGAGGUGGUGAGUGUGUGUGUUUGCAUGCUUUCACAGUGAGGAAAGCUAGAGACUAAGGGACACGGCAGAGUGUGAGUGGAGGGGGCAAGGAAAGAGGUGAAGGUCUCUGCUUGGUUUUUGGAGAGGAAGAAGAGUAGAAGGAGGGGGUGCGGGGGGUCAUCUGGAGUGGAUUUCAAGACAGGACAAGCUGUCAGCGAGAAGGGCCGGGGUGUGAGGAGUCACUUGGGAAGAAGGAACAUGCUGGAGAAGGAGAUGUGAGCCCUUCAUCACAUGAAGAGAAGAGGACUUUCCCAACUGAAGCACUUGUCUGAGAGGAGCGGUUGAGGAAGAGUUGGGGAUAUUGAGGAGGAAGAGAGAAGGUGUCUGCUGGAAGUAUGGGGUGCAUUCACAGCACGGGCACUGGCAAGGUGAAGAAACAUGGACCAGAUACUGACACAGGGGAAAUCCUUAUAAAGACGGAACCGGAGGUGCAUCCUGAAAUCCUGCACCUUGCUGAGCUCGCCAAAGCUGGGAGCCACACCUUCAUGGAGAAGAGCUUCAAGAAGAGACGGAUAUGUGAAGUGUGCAAGCACAACAUCAUCAACCCCGGGGCUUUUUGCAAGGAAUGCAAGGCUGCAGUUCACAAGUCCUGUGAAGCCAAGGUGACUUCCACCUGCACCUCAGCAUCAGAUCUGAGAGGUUCCACAAAAUCUUUAUCACAAAGGAAGAGAGGCUCAUUACCAAGGAGUAAAAGUGUGGAACAAGUAAUGGAGCAUGUGAUGGAGAACCACUACGACUUUGACCUCACCUACAUCACUGAGCGGAUCAUCUCCGUCUUCUUCCUGCCUGACCUGGAGGAGCAGCGGUACCGCCGAAAUCUACAGGAAGUCGCCUCCAUGCUGAAAUCCAAGCACCAGGACAAGUUUCUGCUACUCAAUCUGUCAGAGAAGAGACAUGACAUCACCAGACUUAACCAAAAGGUGGAGGACUAUGGCUGGCCUGAUCUUCAUGCCCCACCUUUGGACAGGAUCUGUGCGAUUUGUAAAGCCAUGGAGACCUGGCUGAGUGCUGACCCCAGCAAUGUUGUGGUUCUCCACUGCAAGGGAAACAAAGGAAAGACGGGCGUCAUCGUGGCAGCAUACAUGCACUACAGCAAGAUAUCCGCUGGUGCAGACCAGGCUCUCACCACACUCGCCAUGAGGAAGUUCUGUGAAGAUAAAGUCUCUUCUUCCCUACAGCCCUCUCACAACAGGUACAUCUAUUACUUUAGUGGCCUGCUGUCAGGUGCCAUCAAAAUGAACAGCAGUCCUAUGUUCCUCCACCAGAUCCUCAUUCCCUCAUUACCAAACUUCCAGGCUGGAGGAGGUUUCUAUCCCUUCCUGAAAAUCUAUCAGUCUCUACAGCUGGUUUACACGUCAGGCGUAUAUGAUCCCCAGAGCUCCAGGGCGAGGAAGCUGUGUGUGACUAUGGAGCCUGCAUUGUUGCUAAAGGGGGACAUUAUGGUGAAGUGCUAUCACCGGCGGAGUCGAGCAUCAGAGAGGGAGGUGGUCUUCAGAGUCCAGUUCCACACUUGCACUGUUCACGGAGCCCAGCUGUGGUUUGGAAAGACUGAACUGGACGUGGCCUGCACAGAUGACAGGUUCCCCCCUGAUGCUACUGUCGAGUUUAUCUUCUCAAAUGGGCCAGAAAAAAUGAAAGGUCGGGAAUAUUGCAAGAAUGAUGCCUCUGUCAGAGUGGAUUAUAACACCUCAGACGCUGUGGUCAGAUGGGAUUCAUAUGAGAACUUCAACCUACACCACCAAGACAGCAUGGAGAACAUCUCUCAUCUGAAGGGCCCUCUGGAUGGAAGUCUGUACGCACAGGUGAGGAAGCGACGUGGGCCAGGCUCCACCACUUUGGCAGCAUCUCCAAAUGGAUGCCUUACUCGCAGCCCAACAGUGAAACCCCAAACUCUGAGCCACCCGCAGCCUCCCACCUUCACCAGUAAUCCCAAUCGCUCUUCGCUCCCCCCUGAUCCACUGCAAGAUGCUAUUUCACCAACAAUCUGCCCCGAAAGAGGAAACACCGACUGUCAAGAAGCCAGAGCACGAGACAAAACUAGAGGGAAAGAAAAGGAUAGGGAGACAGCAAUUUUAGAUGAUGGAGACCGUCUAAGUUCAGGUGGCUUGAGGCGGGAGCACUCAUGUUGUAGUCGAACAAGUGCAAAGUGCAAUGAUGUGGGACUGGAGAGGGAGAGAGGGCCCAGCAUUUCUAACAGUCACUGUCUCGGACGUUGCAACAGCACCAAAGUGCACCCAAAAAGUCAGACCCUUCCUGCUUUGCCUUCCAAACCUGUGUCCCCUCCUCUGAAUCCAGCUCACAUGGAACUCUGCCAUCGUCAUAGUGCCCAUCCUUUAUCUGAGGUACCAUGGGAACGUCCACCCCCUCCCCCACCCCUGCCCUGUCUCCACAGACCAUACUACCCUUACUCUGCCCCUGAACAUGCACACCCACACAGUCUUUCCCUCCCGAUGUCAAACAGACUCUGCAGUGGUGAGGAGUUUCACUUCUUCCAUUAUCCCAACCACAGCCCAUCCACUCAUCUCUCCCACCAGUCACUGCCCUCCAGUCCUUACAGGGAAAUGUUCUUCAGCUCUCCAACACAGUCCUCUGGUUGCCCCUGUCGGGACUGCUCCAACAGGCGAGGCUCAGUCAGAACAUUCCAACCAUUACACCCAGACCAAACAGAGAGCCUACAAUGGUCCCAGGGAGCAGGGGUACAGCAAACAAGAGAGGUGCCCCCACUGUGGGAAAGUGAAAAUCCAUGGGAGGUGGUGAGAGACACAGAGGUCUGGCAGUGCAAAUCAGCCACACCUUCGUUCCAGGUCUGUCACUCUUCUUUGGGUCAGGGCUCAAACCAGGAACAGCCCAGAUUUGUACCUGCAUCUCACCAGAGCUACCAUAGUCCCCAGUCUUUGGUGGAUGUGCGGGAUGGAGCCAGCAGUGGGUACCACACACCUCCACAGCCCCGCCACUCCUGCCCCUGCUCUCCUUAUCAGUCGUCCCCAGCUGAGAGCCACGAGAGCCGGGGUUAUGUCUCAGGAUACCAGUCUGGGUCGGCCUCACCUCUGCCUGCUAAUAGCCCGUCUCCUGGGAGAGUCCAGCUGCCUGAGACUCCCUCUAGAUCCAAAGAACAGCAACACAGUGAAGUGGAAAAAGCCAAAGCUGUUGUGGAGGAUGAUGUAUCCCACGGUUCAGAAGGUAAAUCAGACUCUAACGGUCCAUCAAGUACUCCUGGACUGGACUCUGAUCAUGACUACACACUCAUCGGUAGCAGCAGCCCCACACACACUGAAGAUAGUGUGACUGCUGACAGCCCUCCUCAAAGCCAGGAAAACCACACACAGCUAGAAUCCUGCACAAAUAGCAUCUUGAGUACUGCAACAGCAUCAACAGUCAUACAAACCCAUACUGUCAGCUUAUCUGGAAACACCCCACAGUCAUCAAGUGAGCAGAAUUUGAGUAUGGACAGUAAGACUGGUGCAGCUAAGAAUGCAGGAAAUGCUGAAGGAUCUAACCAGUCACAUGCUUCCCGUUAUGCUGCAGUCAUCAUCCCCCCUGUCCAAAUGCAGCUCAAUGGUUCUGCUCUGCCCAGUGAUACCCCAUCCAUCUGUAGCAGGAAUGUUACCGUUAAUUCUUCAACCAGUCUCAAUUCUAGCCCCUCCACCACAUCCCCAAAUUCUCCUGUUAGCUCCCCAGAGCCUCAGUCGUCUCCACAGCGCUCCCCGAUGGCUACAGACGCAGCAGGGCACAGACUAACUCCUGACAGAGACAGCUCAGCUGACAACAAACCUCCGUCACCUGUGCCAGAUGGAUACAACACACCCACAUUUCCAUUAGCAUCUUAUUACUACCAUUUACUGAACGUCCCUCAUGUCCCAUACACGGGUUACACUGCAGUCACCAUCCCCGCUGUCCAGCCACCACUCCCAGAGAAGAAGCGCCUUUCCUCCACUGCAGGAUCUCAAAAUGGACACAGCUCUCUUCAGAGAGUCUCCUCAGCUCCAGUCCCAGCACACCACGUUACUUUCUCUCCUCCAGCGGGGCAACAGAGACGAGGCUCUGCACAGUCAAACUCCAAAGACGAGGCAGAUAUUCGGGUUAAUGCCAAAUUUGUCCAGGAUAGCUCCAAGUACUGGUACAAAGCAGGCAUCUCCAGAGACCAAGCUAUAGCUGUGUUAAAGGACAAGGAACCUGGAACUUUCCUCAUCAGGGACAGUAACUCCUUUCAGGGGGCGUACGGUCUGGCCCUGAAAGUGGCCACCCCUCCUCCCAAUGCCAAUUCCAGUGGCAGCAAAGAUCCUCUGGAACAGCUGGUGAGACACUUCCUCAUCGAGACCGGCCCACGAGGAGUGAAGAUAAAGGGCUGUCAGAAUGAGUCCUACUUUGGGAGUUUAUCAGCUCUGGUGUAUCAGCAUUCAAUCACUCCCAUCUCUUUACCUUGUGCCCUUCGUAUCCCAGAAAAAGAUCUGGUUGGGGAACUUCAAGAGACGCAGAGUACAACAAGCACCAGCACAGCAGCUGAUCUCCUCAAACAAGGAGCAGCCUGUAACGUGCUUUACUUGAACUCCGUGGAAACCGAGUCUCUGACGGGACCGGAGGCUGUUUCCAAGGCAACUAAGUGCACUUUGGCUCUGAGUCCACGUCCAGUGGCAACAGUGGUUCACUUCAAAGUGUCGUCUCAGGGAAUCACUCUAACGGACAGCAAAAGAAGGUGCAUCCUGGACACUGCAGCCUCACUACAUAUCAACAACACUGUUAAUGACAGGCCACAGUAG